AUUCAAUUUCAAUGGCGAUCAUCAAAUCAAACACAUAUCACAAACCAUGCGACGGUAUCACCAUCGUGACUCGUGAAGUGUGGGCGGAGAAUCUCGAAUCAGAAUUUGAGUUACUCAGUGAAGUCAUCGACGAUUAUCCAUUUAUCUCAAUGGACACUGAAUUUCCCGGCGUGAUUUUUAAAUCCGAUCUCCGAUUUACGAAUCCCGCCGAUCUUUAUACUCUUCUUAAAGCUAAUGUGGAUGCUCUAAGCUUAAUUCAAGUCGGUCUCACUCUCUCUGAUGCUAAAGGUAACCUCCCAGAUCUCGGUGAAAAUCUCCGAGGAUUUAUCUGGGAGUUCAAUUUCCGAGACUUUGAUGUGGCGCGUGACGCACACGCGCCUGAUUCGAUCGAGUUACUUCGUCGGCAAGGUAUCGAUUUCGAGCGGAAUUGUCGCGACGGUGUUGAUUCGGAGAGGUUUGCGGAGUUGAUGAUGUCGUCGGGGCUUGUUUGUAAUGAGGAUGUGAGCUGGGUGACGUUUCAUAGCGCGUAUGAUUUCGGUUACUUGAUGAAGAUUCUCACGCGCCGAGAAUUGCCCGGCGCGUUGGGUGAGUUUAAGCGCGUGAUGAGAGUGUUGUUUGGUGAGCGCGUGUAUGAUGUGAAGCAUAUGAUGAAGUUUUGUGAGAGGAGGUUGUAUGGCGGUUUAGACCGGGUUGCAAGGACGCUUGAGGUUAACCGGGCGGUUGGGAAAUGUCAUCAAGCCGGUUCGGAUAGUUUGCUUACGUGGCAUGCGUUUCAGAGGAUGAGAGAUUUGUAUUUUGUUCAAGAUGGGCCGGAGAAACAUGCUGGGGUUUUGUAUGGGCUUGAGGUUUUUUGAGGGGUUUAUUGAUUUUUUUAUAAAUUCAAAUUCAAUUA